AUGGAUUGGAUGUUAGAAUAUUAUGAAUACUUAGCACCACCGUUCACAUUCGAUAUAGAUUUAUUAGUACGUAUGAUACGUGAUAUUGCCAAUUAUUUCGUUAUCGAAAGUAAACGUUUAUUGGAAAGCGAUCCUCCAAAUUAUUCAGCUGCUUAUAAUCGUCUCACUUGGGCACAUACUCUUUAUGAUAGAUAUCGAACAAUGGAAAAAAAAUCCAUUAACUAA